AUGUUCUCUCGGUUUUUCACAAGAUCGGUUUCAACUGGUGUAGAGUCUCGUGCGGUCUUUGACAACUUCUUACAAUUUGUCAAGACACCACAGACUCUAAGACCAUACAUCUACCGCAAAAAGAAUGCUAACCGUUUGUUGGCCAUGGAUUUGAAAGAUCCAGAAACUAAACUUCCUAUUCAACCUAGACCAUCAGUGUUAAGACCAAGUGCAUCAGUUCUCAAUAGCGUCAUAUUGAACGCAUCGUCAGCUGAAGAGUUGGAAAACAUGGUUAGAGAUUGGAAGAAUAUCACACCUAGAAGGAAAGAGUUCUGGAGUUAUUUGAUUCCCCAGCAUCUACAAAACAUGUUGUUAACUUCCACUUUCAAGUUUGGUGCUUUAGGAGCAGUUUUGAAUGUUCUGUACCAAAUACAGCCAUUAUUGGUGAAAGCAAAGCAAUUAGAAGCCUAUAACGUAGAUGUAUGGUAUAAUACUGUAUUGAUGUGUCAAUUGCAUAGAAAUGCGUUCCAAAACGUUCAAGAUUCCGGCAUGGUAGAGAGAGGCCUAAGGAAGUUAUCAUCGACUGUUACCAAAAGAGAAGAUACAACUGGUUUAACAAAGGAAAUUGUUCAAGCUUUGGGUAGACAACAGAACGUUGAGGUGAAAUUACCUAAUUUCGCUAGAAAUAUUGAAAUUAACUUGCCAUCGAUCGAUGUUAGCACUGCAAGCCAAAAUCAAUUAAGGACUUUCUUGACAAAGAACACCACCCAGUAUUUGUUGAGCAGAACAGCAUUAGACUUCGGCUCAACUGAAGCUAAGCUGCAACAGUUUGUUGAAAACUAUCAAGCCGUUUUAGCGCAAAACUCGGUUGCUGACAUUUACGACAAAUACGUAUCCCAAUACAAACAGCUGUUAACUCAAAAGGCUACUGAAUCUGAAACGACAGAAGAAGCUCAUGCAGAUGCACAAGCAGAAGAAACGAAAUAA